UGCUAUCGUGCUCCAAAACAAAUGCUAGUCCUACCAUGCAAAUUGAUGUAGCAAAAUUUAAUUAACACGUUAAAAAACAUGAAAUUAAAACGUUACAUUAAUCAUUUGUGGUUGCGGCAUCGCAAUACAGAUGAAAAUUGGUAUACAUAUUUGUUUUUUGCGGUGCUACGAGUUGUUCUUGUAUUUAUACCCCAAAAGGGCUAUGUACAUCCGGAUGAGUUUUUCCAAUCCGUGGAAGUGAUGACUGGUGAUCAUUUCCAAUUAGAGCACGUACGCACUUGGGAAUUUAACAAUACUAUGCCGGUACGUAGCAUAACGUUGCAGUUUGUACUUUUACGUGUUCCCUGGAGUUUUAUUGAAUUCGUCGCUUUAUACAUGCGUCACUAUUGGGAUAUAGAAUUAUUACAAAGUUACACCUACUUAGUUUUUCCACGUUUCAUAAUGUGUGCGCUGUCUUUUAUCAACGAUUGGAGCAUGUACCGCAUAUGUCGAUUAUUCAGCUUAAACUAUGAAAUACGUCUGCUGGCGCUAGGCAGUUCUUGGGUUAUGUUAAUUUUCAGCACACGCACAUUUUCCAACACCAUAGAAUUGGCUUUGUGCUCACUAUUGCUCGCACUUGUGGCCGAAUGCAUGAUAAAAACCAACACUAUUAUUUACAAGAAAGAAAUGCUGGAAGAACGUUACGACAAUGCAAAAUCUAUAAGUGAACGUGUUAGAAUGUGGCGACUGUGUAAAUCCCUACCAGCACACAACUACUCUCAUACAGUGCUUGUGGCCAGCAUUUGUGUUGCGGGUGUCUUCAAUAGGCCCACAUUUAUAGUGUAUGGUGCACCAAUGGUAUUUUAUUGGAUGCUUCGUGGCAUGGGUACGAAAACGAUAACUUUUCGAGAUUUUAAUUUUCGUAUGCUGUUGUUCUGCCUAAGCGCUCUACCAGCACUUGUAUUCUUCAUAAUUUGCGAUUCAUUUUAUUACAAAUACUUAACGGUUGGCGAGCUGCAAAUGUUGCAAUUGAGCAUUAACAAUUUCGUUAGUACACCUUGGAACUUUAUUAAAUAUAAUUUAGAUGCGAAAAACACCGCCGAGCAUGGCAUACACCCGAAAUAUGUACACUUUUUGGUUAAUAUACCACUGCUGUACAACGUACUCGGUAUUGUGACUAUUGUAUCGUUUGCGUAUCUUUUAUUUCGCUUUCUGCGCGCUGAGUACCAGGGUUUGCCGCGUGCGCAGAGCAUUAUUAGUUUAAUGACUAGCGCAAUAUUUGUGCCACUAAUUUCUUUAUCACUUAUUAAUCAUCAGGAGCCACGUUUUCUUUUGCCACUACUUUUUCCUAUCGUACUGUUACACGCGCCCAAACUUUACCAUGGUCUUUGUCCAAACUACCCUUUCAAGGAGGAACAUCCGUUACUGCGCAAAAUUUACAAUAUGCUGCUUUGUCCUCAAGCAUCGGCACGGCCAUUAAUGAAAACCUGGUACAUGUGCAAUAUAGGGCUUGCCAUCUUUUUUGGGUUCCUUCAUCAAGCCGGUAUAUUUCCACUCACACAACAUUUUGAGACGAUCAUGCAAAACAAAUCACCCGCGCAGCAUAUACAUCUCGUUACUUCGCACAUCUACAAUGUACCAUUGACUUUUAUCAAUAUUCCUAGCGCACAAGUGAUGCAUUUAAAUCGCGAAACUGGGCGGCGCUACCGGCGACACAAAGAUUUCUACAUCUACGAAUAUGGUAGUCUGGACAUGCCACAUCUGUUGGGAAAAAUUAAGCUUAUCCUGUCAUAUUGCGAAAAUAAAUACGUGGCAAAACAACAGCAGUACGGCCUCUAUUUAGCUUUGCCCACUUCACUAAGUGACAGCAUGCUCGCAGAAUUCCAAACGCUUGGCGCUACCACAAAUAUUCGCACUCAACUAAAACAUAUUUUUUACCCACAUAUAUCGACAGAAGCGCUACCACGCUUUCAUUUUAAACAACAUUCUUCUAAAGCAACUGCCGACUCCAUGUUAAGCUACAGUUAUGUAAGCAAACAGUUGUUAUCCUUCGUUCGUGAAUUCGGAUUAGUGCUAUACGAGGUGCAACCUGCAAGCAAUAGUCAGUCGGAUAAGCUGCAUACCGUUAAGAUGUCCAAACGGAAAAUUUAAGUGCUUUGAACAAAAACGACAUCAAAAUUUAACUAAUAUACUGAAAGACACUCAUUCUAGUCAUGAACUACAUAUGUA